AGUCAGAAUGGCAUGUUCUGAAAGGGCAGCGUUGAUAGCUGAAACUAGGUGUGCCUCAGGCUGGGGCUGUGGGAAGCCUGAGAGCAUCUUGGGCACCAGCAGAGUGUCCAGCAGCCUCGGGAAGGAGAGGGCCCAGUGGAAAGCCAGGUGGAUCUGAUUGGUGGGGAGGGUGAGCAAGGGAAAUUGCCCAGGGGGGUGCAUAUAACCCGCCAGGCAGAAGCAGGAGCCAGGGGCACCUGGGCAAGCAGCCCCAGAAGAUGUUCAAGAGGAACUCUGGACAGGCGCUUGGAUAUAAUACUGGACCUGGCGGGGGACUCAUCAACACUAUUAUGUUGUGUUAAGAUCGUAAGUCCUCGAGGCUGCAGAGGUCCAGCUGGGGUGGGCGCUACGAUGGGCAAGUACGUGGUGGAGAGACGGGAGAGGAAGAGAAGCUGAGCAGAUUGUGCACUGUGAAGAGAGGUGGAACUGGAGACGAGAAGGAGGCCUCCUGCGGGCACCUAAGGACCAGACCCACCCCUGGGGACCUGGGCGCUGCCCGGCGUGGCUAGCGGGAGCCCUUGGCCAUGGCCAGCACAGCCGUCCAGCUCCUGGGCUUCCUGCUUAGCUUCCUGGGCAUGGUGGGAACGCUCAUCACCACUAUCCUGCCACACUGGCGGAGGACGGCCCACGUGGGCACCAACAUCCUGACUGCCGUGUCCUACCUGAAGGGGCUGUGGAUGGAGUGUGUGUGGCACAGCACCGGCAUCUACCAGUGCCAGAUCUACCGCUCGCUGCUGGCGCUGCCCCGGGACCUGCAGGCAGCCCGGGCACUCAUGGUCAUCUCCUGCCUGCUGUCGGGCAUGGCCUCCGCCUGCGCUGUGGUGGGCAUGAAGUGCACUCGCUGUGCCAAGGGCACACCCGCCAAGACCACCUUCGCGGUGCUGGGGGGCGCGCUCUUCCUGCUGGCCGGCCUGCUGUGCAUGGUGGCCGUGUCCUGGACCACGAACGAUGUGGUGCAGAAUUUCUACAACCCGCUGCUGCCCAGCGGCAUGAAGUUCGAGCUCGGCCAGGCCCUGUACCUGGGCUUCAUCUCCUCAUCCCUGUCUCUCAUCGGGGGCACCCUACUCUGCUUGUCCUGCCAGGAUGAGGCCCCCUACAGGCCCUACCAGGCCCAGUCCAGGGCUGGGGCCACCACCACGGCCACUGCCCCUGCCUACCGCCCACCAGCAGCCUACAAGGACAACCGCGCCCCCUCGGUGACCUCAGCCUCGCACAGUGGGUACAGGUUGAAUGAUUACGUGUGAGUUCCUUCCCAGGCCUCCGCCAGGGCUGCUGGGCCCCGAGGGACCGCUGACGGAUGCAGGGGGUCGCAGGGAUCCACGUGCAUGUGUGGAAGUGAGCCCAGAACACAGGGAAGGGUGCUCUUCAAAGCAAAGACUUCUAAAAAGUGCUGUUUUUGUAUUUAUUCUGUGUAUUUAUGUGAGUGGUCUCAUAAGCGCUCAAUAAAGAGUGACUUGGAAGCUCGGCCCGUGGGGUUGGUUUGCGGGCCCAGGAACAAGCAAGCCCCUUGGAGGCGGGUCUGUGAGGGGGACAGCAGUAGGUCCUGCAUCAGGUAUGGAAAACCUCAUCUGAGCCCUAGGGAUUUGGAGCACCCUGGUUAUGCAGCCACACUCAGGAUGAGGACCCCUGAGCCUGACACUGGAGCGCUAGCCUCCACUAGUGCAUGAUGGGAAAAUCUGAGAAAACCGAUCGCUGAGCCCCACCCCCAGGAAGUCACAGAGCAAAAGUAAAGAGGUUGCUGUCUACCUGCAAAGCAUUCUCAUUUUAAAAUAAUGUAUUGGUGUG